UGUGUCUUCCUUUCUGUGUGUUUACUUUAAGCUAUUUGAAACCUGUUCGUCUUCGCUACCGUGUUCAUUUUUGUGGUGGCUUUUGUCGUUCAUUAGCUCGAGAGCUAACUAUCGAGCUUCGAAAACUAAUCCAUCUAAAAUAAACUAAAACAACCACGUUUACGCUUACACGCGCGUGCCAUUUGCCACGUCGUCCAAGUCCACGGGAGCUAUUGAAUGUUCUAUUUUCUACUAUUCGUUUUAUUAAUCUUGGCGACGCGGUUUACAGGCGGGUUGAGUUUGAAGACGUUACAGUCCAGUUGCGGUACGUUGCUGCACUGCUUUUCAAAACGAAAGUCAAUGUCCCAAACACAAGUAAGUUGUGUUCAGAUGAAGUCAAGGUUGAAUAUUUUGGCCAUAAUUCCAAAAGACAAACGGGCGAUAAGGGACACGAUAUCCGAGGCUGUUAAAGUAUAUAGUCGAUGUAACACUGCCAACUGCAGUUGCCAUCUUCAGGUCCUGCAACAAGACUUGGGUCCCUUUCAUGGAGGAAUUUCGGAGGAUGUCAUGGUUUCGACAGUUCAAAGAGGGGUUGGCACCCACUACCAGCUCAUUGGACAUAAAUUAUACAGGGAGCGUAACUGCAUGUUCCCAGCCAGGUGCAGCGGGGUUGAGCAUUUCAUAUUAGAGGUAAUUGACAAGUUACCUGAUUUGGAGAUGGUGGUAAACGUCAGGGAUUAUCCUCAAGUGCCCAACUGGGUGCAGCCACCCUUGCCUGUUUUCUCUUUCAGUAAGACUUCAGACUACAAGGACAUCAUGUACCCAGCGUGGACGUUUUGGGAGGGGGGCCCUGCUGUCUGGCCCAUAUAUCCCACCGGACUCGGAAGGUGGGAUCUGAUGAGGCACGAUCUCAAAAAGUCUGCAGCUCAAUGGCCAUGGCAGAAGAAAGAGUCCAAAGUAUUCUUCAGAGGAUCAAGAACAAGUCCAGAGCGUGACCCUCUGAUCCUCCUUUCUCGAGACAUGCCAGAGCUGGUAAAUGCAGAAUACACAAAGAACCAGGCCUGGAAGUCUGACAAGGACACUCUUGGGAGACCACCAGCCAAAGAAAUCUCGCUGGUUGACCACUGCAAGUACAAAUAUUUAUUCAACUUCCGAGGAGUGGCGGCCAGUUUUCGUUUCAAACAUCUCUUUCUUUGCGGUUCACUGGUGUUUCACGUGGGGGACGAAUGGCAAGAGUUUUUCUACACACAGCUCAAGCCCUGGGUGCACUACAUCCCGGUGAAGCAGGAUCUCUCUGACGUCAGAGAACUACUGCAGUUUGUCAAAGACAAUGAUGCCAUCGCACAAGAAAUUGCCAUUAGAGGUAUGGAGUUCAUCUGGGAGCACCUACAAAUGCAAGAUGUUUCAUGCUACUGGGAACGACUCCUCACAGAGUUUAGUCAGCUUCUCACCUACCAACCCAAAAGACAAAACAACUACAGUCGGAUCAUGCAGAAGCCCAGCAAGACUGAACUGUGAUAAUGACACUGUGCAAGUUGGAGUGAAUGGAAAACAAUAGAAUGUAAACUUGUAAAAUUGCUCAAGCGAUUUUUACCCGAUGUAAUUUUUCUGUGAGAAGUAAUCUUCUCAUUCCCAUGGGGAGCCACAGCUCACUGGAGGGAAGCAUAAAGUUGAAUAUGUUGUAGUAUUCGUGUUAUACUUUGUGCAGUUCGUAUUUCGUUAGUAAAUGUGUUAAAGAUGAUCCACAGAUAUGUUUACUUGACCAAAAAUCAGUGAUGAUGUGUCUGGUCUAAGUAUAGGACAGCCAAGCUUUUAACAGGGUUACUGUUUCUGCCAAUAAAACUGUGGUACCUGAUAGAUA